GCCCACCCGUGCCUUUGAGGAAGAUGAAUGCCGAUGCUGAGGAGUUCAUCCCACAGGAGUACUGGCUGCCUGGCCAACUCCCGCCACCGCACCUGCAGCACAUGGGCGAUGGCAGCCUGAACAUGGCAAUUCACCCGGUGGCCAUGCAAAUGCCUCAUCCCCACAUUCAGCACAUUGCGAACUGCGUCCUGCUGGCACCCAACAAUUUGCCGGUGCCACCUCCCCCUCAGCAUGCUGCCCCGCUGACAGCCCAGUUCGGGUUGCCAACUUUGCUGUGCUCGCAGCCACAGAUGCGCCAGAACAUGCAGAUGCAGAAGUUCCUGCCUCCCCCUCCGAAGCCACCUGCUCCACCGACUGAGGAGCCUCAGAACCUGCCCGUCCAUCAGCCGGAAAAGAAAUCACCGCCCACUAGGGAGGAGUGCAUGAAGCAUGCUGAGGAGGUCCUGGAAGAGCAAAGGAGCUUCCUGGGCCAACUUCGCAUAUUGCCGCUUGAGGAAGCCCGGCGCCUUUGGGCAGACGCAAUGAAUGACGUGUUUAAGGGUCCCAGCCCAACUGGACCUGGGCUAGAAGACUUGCGCGUUGUGGUCCCACCACCUGACGAGCUUCCAGAAUGCGCAGAGGAGCUCAGUGACAUUGGACCAGUUGCCCUUCCUAUGAUGACGGGGGCUGCAGAAUCCCCAAAGCUCGCCAACGAGGGCGCUCUCGUGGAAGCGAGCCUGGAGACCCAAGGAGUGAACGCUGCCAAGGCCAAGCGCGCUGAGGGCAAGAAAUCUUCCAGCGCCUCAACCUGGCCAGGGCAGAAAGGCAGUCCCCACAAAGAGUGGGCCCCUCACCUCCAUGCCCCUUCUCGACAUUGGCUAUACUCGCCAGGAGUCGUUUCCAAGGGCGGAAAGGGGGGCGGAAAAGCGGGCGGUGGCAAGGGUGGAAAGGGGGGCAGUGCCAGGAAAGGCAAG